AUGGUGGUUGAUGAGGGCUCCCUUUUUUCUUUAAACGACGAUCUCACAGCACCACCAUUGAAGAACGAUAUAACCUUAGUUGUUGUCGCAGUUUGUGUUUCACCUUCGUCGGAACCAAGACCCCCGUCGUCGCCGCUCACUAGCGUCCGUCAAUACUCCGCCAUCAAUCGAUUGUUUGCUUCAAUUCAUGUCUGUCUCCUAUUUGAAGUUCCCCUACACCAAAGCCACCGUCUGUCGCCGACGAUUGCUUCCGUUUCACCGACAUUCACCUCCGACAUCAAUCAAUCUUCCCUAACAUCUAGGUUUUUGGUUGAUUUUGUUCCAAACUUUGACAGGUUGAUUUUGUUGAACCUUCUAAUAUUUUUUCAUUUUUCCAAGACUUUAGAAGGCAUAAGUGAUACUGUGAUGAGAGUGAUCAAUCAGGAACAUGAAUAG